AUGGCCCGGGAGAACGGCGAGAGCAGCUCCUCCUGGAAAAAGCAAGCUGAAGACAUCAAGAAAAUUUUCGAGUUCAAGGAGACCCUCGGAACCGGGGCAUUCUCGGAGGUGGUUUUAGCUGAAGAGAAGGCAACUGGAAAACUCUUUGCUGUCAAGUGCAUCCCGAAGAAGGCACUGAAGGGCAAAGAAAGCAGCAUCGAGAAUGAGAUCGCUGUGCUGAGAAAGAUUAAACAUGAAAACAUCGUUGCCCUGGAAGAUAUUUAUGAAAGCCCCAAUCACUUGUACUUGGUCAUGCAACUUGUAUCUGGUGGAGAGCUGUUUGAUCGGAUAGUGGAGAAGGGGUUUUACACAGAGAAAGAUGCCAGCACCUUGAUCCGCCAGGUCUUGGAUGCAGUGUACUAUCUCCACAGGAUGGGCAUCGUCCACAGGGACCUCAAGCCUGAAAAUCUCUUGUACUACAGUCAAGAUGAGGAGUCAAAAAUAAUGAUCAGUGACUUUGGAUUGUCAAAGAUGGAGGGUAAAGGAGAUGUGAUGUCCACGGCCUGUGGGACCCCAGGCUACGUGGCUCCUGAGGUCCUCGCCCAGAAACCCUACAGCAAAGCUGUUGACUGCUGGUCCAUUGGAGUGAUUGCCUACAUUUUACUCUGUGGCUACCCUCCUUUUUAUGAUGAAAAUGACUCCAAACUCUUUGAGCAGAUCCUCAAGGCAGAAUACGAGUUUGACUCCCCCUACUGGGAUGACAUCUCUGACUCUGCUAAAGAUUUCAUUCGGAAUCUGAUGGAGAAGGAUCCAAAUAAAAGAUACACAUGUGAGCAGGCAGCACGGCACCCAUGGAUCGCUGGUGACACGGCUCUCAGCAAAAACAUCCACGAGUCCGUCAGUGCCCAGAUCCGGAAGAACUUUGCAAAAAGCAAAUGGAGACAAGCAUUUAACGCCACAGCCGUCGUGAGGCAUAUGAGAAAGCUACAUCUUGGCAGCAGCCUGGACAGUUCAAAUGCAAGUGUUUCCAGCAGCCUCAGUUUGGCCAGUCAAAAAGAUUGCCUGGCAUCCUCCACCCUCUGUAGUUUCAUUUCCUCCUCGUCUGGGGUCUCAGGAGUUGGAGCUGAGCGGAGACCAAGGCCCACCACUGUGACUACAGUGCAUACUGGCAGCAAGUGA